CCAAGCUGCUGCCGCGCGGUCUGGGCCGCAGAGGCCGCAGAGCGCGGCGCCCAGCCCGCCUCUCCGCGCCAUGGCCCCGCGCGCCCGGCGGCGCGGCCCGCUGCCCUCGCUGCUCGCGCUCUUCGCGCUCCUCGGGCCGCUGCAGGUGACUUUUCAGGUCGCCCCUCCGUGCGCCAGCGAGAGGCAUUAUGAGCACUCCGGCCGGUGCUGCCGCAAAUGUGAGCCAGGAACGUACAUGUCAUCCAAGUGCACUGCCACCUCUGACAGCGUGUGUCUGCCCUGCGGCCAGGAUGAGUACCUGGACACCUGGAAUGAAGAAGAGAAGUGCUUGCUGCACAAAGUGUGCGACACAGGCAAGGCCCUGGUGGCGCUGGUGCCCGGCAACCGGACGGCCCCGCGGCGCUGUGCCUGCACAGCCGGCUACCACUGGAGCGAGGACUGCGACUGCUGCCGCCGCAACGCCGAGUGCGCGCCUGGCUUUGGCGCCCGGCACCCGGUGCGGCUCAACAGAGACACGGUGUGUGAGCCCUGCCUCAUGGGCUAUUUCUCCGACACCCUUUCUUCCACAGAAAAAUGCAAACCCUGGACCAACUGUACCAGUCUCGGAGCGACAGAAGCUCGUCAUGGAACCAAUAAAUCGGAUGUGGUUUGUAGUUCUUCUCUGCAGUCUCCGAAACUUUCAGACGAGUCCCAGGUUUUCCUGCCCAGUUUGGUCAUCCUGCUUCUCUUCAUUUCCGUGGUGCUAGUUGCUGCUGUCAUCUCUGGCGUUUACUACAGGAAAAAGGGGAAAGCGCUAACAGCUAAUUUGUGGCGCUGGGUCAAUGAGGCAUGCCACCGCGUAAGUGGAAAUAAGCAGGCGUCCUCCGGCAGCAGCUUGGCCAGCCCUCCCGUGGAGGCCUGUAGUCGGCGCGAUCGCUGCGAGGGCGUCCUCCUGCUGACGCUGGAGGAGAAGAUGUGCCCCGAAGACCUGUGCUGUCCCGACAGGGAAGCGUGUGUGGGCGGAGGCCCCUGUGCCAGCGCGGAAGACGCCACGCUGCUCACCUUGGUGAGCGAGACGGAGGGGGACCUCGUCAAGCAGGUUCCCACGGAAGACGAGUACGUGGACAGGCCCUCCCAGACCCCGGACUCUUCGCUGUCCCUCGCUCAGCCUGGGAGCAGACGCGCACCCCCUUUCUCAGAGCCGCUGGAGGUCGGGGAGAACGACAGCCUGAGCCAGUGCCUCACCGGGGCAGAGAGCCUGGCGGACUCUGAAACCUGCCGCUUGGCCGAGGCCCCGGGCAGGACCGACUGGAUGCCCUUGUCCUGCGAAAAGUACUUGCAGAAAGAAGUGGAGGGCGCCAACUGUCCCCACUGGGCGGCCUCCAGCUCGGCCGAUGGCUGCCCGGGCUGCGGGAACCCCCCUGGAGAGGACCCAGAGCCCCUUCUGGGGUCCCCUCAAACUGGACCCUUGCCCCAGUGCGCCUAUGGCGUGGGCCUGCCGCCCGAAGAAGCCGCGGACGAGGAAGAGGCCACAGGCCAGCCUGGCGAUGGGCCUGACCUCAGGCCUCCCAGCUCCAGCAGGGGCAGCCCUGGCCCCUCCAGUGACCAGCCACCUGCAUCUGGGAAUGUGACUGGAAACAGUAACUCCACGUUUAUUUCCAGUGGGCAGGUGAUGAAUUUCAAGGGCGACAUCAUCGUGGUCUACGUCAGUCAGAACUCCCAGGAGGGCCCAACAGGGUCCGGCGGCCCAGGGGAGCCAGUGGGCCACCCGGUGCAAGAGGAGAGCUCACCCUGCUGUGACUCCUUCGCGGGGCUCGGGCCCCGCUUCCCAGACACCUGCGGCAUUCCGGAGCCGGACAAGGCCUCGCGGCCGGUGCAGGAGCAGGGCAAGGCCGAGGCCUGUGUGCCCGGGGCACAGUGCUGAGCGCCCAGGACCCCGCCCCCCCCAUGGCUCUCUGUGGCCCUCGGAUCCAGGAUGCUACCGGACCAGCCUUGACUUCCUGGCCAUCAGCCCACGGUCCACGCCCAUGCACCGGGGGCCACGUACCCACCUGGCAGUGAGGCCACGUGGGCCGUGAGCACCUGCACCUGGACGGGGCCCAGAUCGGCGCCCUCACGCUGCUCCAUUCGGUACAUCUGCCUCUACUGGCGGGCAGUCUCCACCUACCGAGCUCUGUAGAACUGUGGGCUUUUUAAAAGCGUAAAUGUCAGCGCCACUCUGACAUCCAGUCUCAUAUCGGCUAAUGCCUCAGGUCCACGCUACUCCACUGGGUUGCUCCAGUCUUGGCCCCUUGUUCGGUUUUUCUCCCUCCCACCUCCCACGACCGGUUCCCCAGUGGUGGUCUACCUCCCGACACCUGGCUGUGGGGUGGUCCUGUUCUCUCGGGGGCCGUGGGGGGCUGUGUUCCCUCCUGCGUGUGCCCAUUUCACUUCCCCACCUAACAUUUUCCGUGCUCUACACACACACACACACACACUUUUUUUUUU